AUGACCGGCGCGGCGCUAGUCGGCGUGGCGGUCGUCGGGCUGGUCGGCUCCUGUUGCCGGAACAACUGCUUCCUCUUUCUCUACUUGAUCGUCACGUUCGCCGCCAUCGUCCUGCUUGCCCUCUUCACCAUAUUCCUCAUCUUGGUCACCAACCAGAGCAUCGCCCGGACCGUCACUAAAUUGAAGGUUUACAAUCUCGACGGCUGA